GAGAAAUUAUCAUUAUCGUAUUUCAUUUAGCUUUGUGUUUCACGUAGCAGAAAUGCAAAUCACGAUGGGGAUGUAACGAUUAAUGAACUGAAACGGUAUUUUACAACACCGGCUGACUGGCAAGAAAUUAUGGCAAAGAAUUCAAAAGGUUUUGUGCUAGCUGUAGAUGUUGGAACGACCAACUUAAUUUGUCACGUCUUUGAUGAUACUGGCAUUUCUAAAUACGGUGCAUCCAGAAAGAUUAAUUUGCUACACCCAAAGCCAGGAUGGGUUGAAAUCGAUCCAGAAACAUUAUGGGAACAAUUUCUGGAUGUUGUGACAGAAGCAGUUGAAGGAGCAAAUAUACAAUAUGAAGAUAUUGCCGCCUUUGGUAUAUCAACACAGAGAGGAACUUUUUUAAAUUUUGAUAAACACAGUGGUCGCCCUAUUCAUAAUUUUAUUAGUUGGCAAGAUUUAAGGGCAACAGAAUUAACUGAAAAUUGGAACAAAUCAUUCACUUUGAAGGGCUUACAUAUCAGUGCCAGAGCUUUACAUCUAUUAUCAAGAAGGAAACAAUUUCUUGCAGCUAGUGUUAUAAAUUUUUCCACGCAACAUGUUUCUACAAGAUUACAUUGGGUUAUAAAAAAUCAUAAAGAGGCAAUGAAGAAAGUUGGUGAAGGGUCAUUAUUAUUUGCUACGCUAGAUACUUGGCUAUUAUGGAAAUUAACAAAGGGACAUUGUCAUGUAACAGAUUAUUCCAAUGCCAGUUCGACAGGCAUGUUUGAUCCGUAUGUGAUGUGUUGGAGUUCGUUGAUGACAUCAUUAUUUGAAAUUCCGUUGUCCAUUUUGCCUGAAGUAGUGGAUACAAGCGGUCUAUUGUGUGAAACUCACGAGGAUAUUUUUGGAACACGAAUACCUGUGACAGCUGUGGUUGCAGAUCAACAGGCGUCAGUUUUUGGGCAAUGUUGUUUUAAUGUUGGUGAUAUUAAUCUCACAAUGGGAACGGGAAGUUUCAUGAAUAUAAAUACUGGCCAGUAUGCACAUGCUUCAGUCGCUGGCUUAUAUCCAUUAGUCGGGUGGAAAAUAGGGUCGGAGGUGACGUAUCUGGCCGAGGGCAAUGCUGCUGGGACUGGGACUGCCGUUGAAUGGGCGGGUGAGAUGGGAUUUUUUCAAAAGGACAACGUGUCGGAAACAUCCGAAAUUGCAAGUUCUGUCGAAGACUCUGAUGGGGUCUAUUUUGUUCCUGCGUUCAACGGUUUACAGGCGCCCAUCAAUGAUAAUAAAGCUUGCACCUGCAUGUUUGGUAUUACACCCUCAACAAGCAAAUCGCAUAUUGUUCGAGCGAUUCUGGAAUCGAUCACCUACAGGAUUUAUCAACUUUAUACCACAGUUCAAGAGGAAACACAAAUACCAAUUUUAUCAUCGAUAAAAGCUGACGGCGGUGUUAGUAGCAACGACUUUGUAAUGCAGUCACUCAGCACGCUAACAGGACAAAGUAUUGAGAGACCAGCUCAAGUUGAAAUGUCCUGUUUAGGAGCAGCAUUUUUAGCUGGCCUAGCUGCAGGUGUAUGGAAAUCACGCGAUGAGCUUAAAGCAAUUCGCUGCUCGGAGAAAAUAUUUCAGCCACAACGUGAUUCUAGGGAUGAACACAAAAUCAAUUAUGACAAAUGGAAAGAAGCUUUAUCUCGGAGUCGGGCAUGGUACAGGUGAUGCUUGUUGAUCUGCCCCCGAGGCGCGAAGUGGCCUAACAUUUAUACAUGCAAUACUAGAAGACUUGCAUUAAUUUUGAUACAAUGCCAAUAUGACACAAGAGCAUCGUUUUAGAGUUGUUACAUAUAGUCAGACUAAAUAAAUCUCGACCAAAAGAA